AUGUCUCACUCUCACAAGAAAAGGGCCUAUCCACAAAUUCCAUUGGGUUACACUCAAAACGGAGGUCCUGCUAUCUCACAUAGCAGAACUGCAUCUUAUGGACACCAAUCAGCCCCGCAGACUCCAAACAUACAGCAGCCCAGUGAUACGUUCACUCCAAUCCAGCAACAAUUGCAGGGGCAAUUGGAUCAAGCUUCCACUUCGCUCGGUAACUUACAUUUGCAUAAUGUUCCAAUUAUUGAUCCAAAUGCUUCAUCUUACCUUCAGCAAUCCCAAGUACAAGUCCCACCUUCUCCCUCUUUAUCAUACACUAACGGAUCAACGCCCUUUGAAGAUAAGCUAAUGAAUCAAUUGUAUCCUACUGAUUUAUUACGUGAACUUCCACCGCCAAUUCAUGAUCUUACUUUGCCACCACCUCCUAUCAUGAUUCCACCUGAAGAGAUGAUGGUACAAUAUGAAGAGUCUAACUCCGCUAUAGAUUAUGUCAGGAGCACAUUAAAUGCAGUCCCUAAGAAUGGCGGUCUGCUCAAAAAAUCAAAGCUACCUCUUGCUUUGAUCAUUAGACCAUAUCAAUAUCUUCAUGAUAAUGUACAUCCACCUCCGCUCAACACAGAUGGUAUAAUCGUCCGUUGUCGUCGUUGUCGUGCCUAUAUGAACCCAUAUGCAUCUUUCAUUCCCCAAACAAGACGUUGGAGAUGUAACUUCUGUAGACUAGCUAAUGAUUUACCCAUGCAGUUCAACAAAGAGUUCUAUACUGAUUCAACUGAAAUGAUUAACAGAUUCGACAGAAAUGAAGUGAAACAUUCCGUAAUGGAAUAUUUGGCACCAAAAGAAUAUUCUGUCAGACAGCCACCACCUUCUGUUUACACUUUUAUUCUCGAUGUUUCGAUCAAUUCCAUAAAGAAUGGUGCCUUAUAUGCAAGCACAAGUACUCUAUUAGAUUCUAUUGAUAAGAUUCCAAAUCAUGAUGGAAGAACCAAAAUUGCAAUUAUUUGCGUUGACCACGUUAUUCACUAUUUCAAGAUUCCUAAUGACGAAUCGGAAAGCGAUACCGUUACAAUGUUGGAUGUAGGCGACUUAGAUGAACCUUACCUUCCAAGACCUGAUAAAUUGUUGGUUUCACUUUCGGAUUGCAAGAAAAACAUUGAAUCUCUUUUGUCUCGUCUCCCAUUAAUUUUUCAGUCAAACACUAGUAACAGUUUUGCUCUUGGGUCAGCAUUGAAAUCUGCAUAUAAUUUAAUUUCUACAGUUGGUGGUAAGAUCAUAGUUCAAUCAUCCACUUUACCAAAUGCUGGUAUUGCAAAACUAGAAAAGCGUAAUGAAAGAGCCGUUUUAAAUACUUACAGAGAAUCUAAUUUACUAUUGAAUUGCCAAGAUCCCUUCUAUAAAAGUUUCACCAUUGAAUGUAGUAAAGCACAGAUUACUAUUGAUCUUUUCCUAACAGCCAAUGAUUAUAUUGAUGUUGCUACAUUAUCAAAUUUAUCUAGGUACUCUGGUGGUCAACUACAUUAUUAUCCUAAUUUCAGUGCCAAUGAUGUCACCAAAUUUUCUAGAGAAUUUUCAAAGCACGUAUCAAUGGAUAUAUCCAUUGAAACAGUUAUGAGGGCACGUGGAUCUCGUGGUAUCAAGAUGUCUAGUUUUUACGGUCAUUUUUUCAACAGAUCUUCGGAUCUCUGUGCAUUCUCUACAAUGCCAAGAGAUCAAAGUUAUGUCUUUGAAAUGGAAAUUGAUGAUAAUAUCAAUACAAAUUACGUAUAUGUGCAGAUUGCUGUGCUUUUGUCUGCGAACACUGGAGAAAGAAGAAUCAGAAUUAUUACACUAGCGUUACCAACAACAAAUUCAUUACACGAGUUGUUUGCAUCUGCUGAUCAACAAGCAAUUCAUGCAUACUUUACACAGCAAGCUAUCAAGAGAGCCAACGAUGUCUCUACAAUUGAGGCAAGAGACUAUUUGAAGAAGACAAUUCAAGAUAUAUUAACUGUGUAUGAAAAGGAGAUGGUUGUGAAAAAUGUAGCGGGAGGGCUACCAUUAUCCUUUUGUGCUAAUUUAAGAAUGUUACCAUUGCUAAUGUCAUCUUUAACUAAGAACAUGGCAUUUAGGGACGCAAUUAUACCAAUCGAUCAACGUGCGGCCGCACUCAACUAUUUAGAGACUCUGCCUUUAAAAUAUUUAACAAAAUGCAUUUAUCCAAGUGUUUAUCCCCUGUUAGAGGCUCCUGAGCAGGGGGACACCGAACUGCUUCCAGAGCCAGUUAACAGUAGUAUGAAAUUAUGGCAGCAAUAUGGAUUAUAUCUUAUCGAUAAUACGACCGAAUUAUAUUUGUGGAUUGGGGGUGAGGCAGUUAAUGCACUUGUUGAAGAUCUAUUUGGUGUGUCCAGCGUUCUGGAAGUACCAAUGGGUAAGAUGGAGCUACCAGUUAUCGAGAGUUCGGAACUCAACUGUAAGGUCAGAAAUAUUAUAGGUAGAAUAAGAGAGAGGGUCGAUAUGGAACAAGUCACUUAUCAAGAACUUUAUAUUGUAAGAGGUAUUUCCACCAACGAGACCGCUAAUCUACCAUACUUUAAAGAGGGCAUAGCAUUGAGAUCGAUGGUAAUGGCACAACUUGUUGAAGACAACAUUUCCAAGACUGAAAGUUACCGUGAAUUUUUACAAAAUAUUAAGCAGAGAAUGAAUAAAUAG